AUGACCCUGGAGCGUCAUCUCAGCUCCAGGGUCGGGGGUUCUGUGCAGGGGAAGCGGGUGUCCCUGCGCAGUGGCUCGCUGACGGUGCUCAUCCGAGGCUUCGUGGCGGACGUGGGCUGCGAGCUGCUCUACGGGAACGAUGAGCCGGGGCCCGUGGAGGCCGUGUUCGUGUUCCCUGUGGAUGCCGAGGCGGCUGUCUACGCCUUCCAGGCCCGCCUGGGGGGCGCCUGCAUCGAGGCCCAGCUCCGCGAGAAGAAACAGGCACAAGAGCUGUACGGAGAUGUGCUGGCCGGGGGGCAGAGCUCGUUCUUGCUGCAGCAGGAGGGGGCCGGGGGCGACGUUUUCAGCUGCUCCCUGGGUAACCUGCCCCCUGGGGAGGAGGCGGAGCUGACCCUGCUAGUCUGCGAGCUGCCGCUGGAGCCCGAUGGAGCCACCCGCUACGUGUUGCCAGCUGUGCUGUGCCCCCGCUACACGCCCCAUGGGUGGGAUGGGGAGGACGUCACCCAGGGGGUCCCGCGAGUCCCCCAGGGGGAGCUGCCCUAUACCCUGAGCCUGAGCGCCACGCUGCAGUCGCCCCACAGCAUCGACCGUGUGCUCUCCAACUGCUCUCUCACCCCCCUGAGCUACACGGCUGGGAACCGGACCACCGCCCAGGUGUCUCUGGCUGAGGCCCCCCCGUGGGACCGAGACGUGGAGCUGCUGGUGUAUUACGCGGAGUCGCACAAACCCAGCGCGGUGCUGGAGGUCGGGUUGCCCGGAGCAGAGCCAGGCUCCCUGAUGGGCGACCCGGCCGUAAUGGUGACCCUGCUGCCCAGCCUGCCCGAGGCAGUGCCAGGCCAGAGCUCGGUCGGGGAGUUCAUCUUCCUGCUGGACCGCUCCGGCAGCAUGGAGUGCUCCAUGGAUGGCCGAGACCGCUCCCCCCAGCGCAUCGACAGCGCCAAGGAGACCCUGAUCCUGCUGUUGAAGAGUUUGCCCCUGGGCUGUUAUUUCAACAUCUACGGCUUUGGGUCUCGGUUCGAGUCCUUCUACCCGCAGAGCGUGGGAUACACCCAACAGACCAUGGCCGAGUCCCUGCAGCGCGUCCAGCAGCUCCAGGCUGACCUGGGGGGCACCGAGAUCUUGGCGCCGCUACGAGCCAUUUACCGCAGCCCCUGCCGGGACGGGCACCCGCACCAGGAUGUUUUAUGCAUCACCUCCCAGAUCCAGUCCCUCUGUUUCGACGGGUUCCAAGAGCUCUCCGAUGUGGCCAUGGACUGUGCCACGGACUGCGACUUUGACGACAGCUCGGAUGUGCCAGAGUGGGCACUGGAGGAGUCUCCCCUACUAAGGCUGGUGUCUCUGCAGAAUGCUGAUGGCUCGUGGGACCUGGACCCCCGGCUGGCCGCCUCGCUGGGGGUGAGCGAGACCGAUGCCAGGGGGAGGAUGCCCAGUAAGGACGUAGCCCCAGGCGUCUGGGCCACGGUGCUGGCUGUGGUCUGGCUGCACGGCCAGGCCGCGGGGCAGCGCAACGAGUGGGAGCUGCUGGAGGCCAAGGCUGUGGGCUGGGUGUGGGGCCGAGCAGGGCCCCAGCUGAGCGAAUGCCUGGAAGCCGCCAACGCCCUGCUGGGCUGCAGCGUUGGCCCUGCUAUCUUCAGACUCUGAGCCCCUCCGGAUUCCUCUACCCUCCCUCUCUCG